CUUUCCCAAGUCUCGUGCUUCUGGAGUUUGGCACACGCACAACAUCACAUUGAUCGCUGGAUCAUCUAAAUAUGUCGGUGUAAACCGGGCUAGAGGAGAAAGAAGCCAAGGGAAGAUGAAAUCCGUGCGUCUGUGGAUCCUAAUCUGUUUGGCGACUGCGUGUUGUCCACUUGGCACCGCUGACAGAUAUGGUUGUCUGUUUGAUGAAGGCCUAUGCUCCAGUGACCAGAUUUGCUGGGAUGAUGAGCUGUUUGGUCAGUGUUUUACACAGAGGCAGGAAAGGUUUCGCUACAGGGUGACUGCAGUUCUACUGGACAGACUGCAGUCAUUAUUGCAAAUGCUUAUGAGGAAAGGAUUAACUUGGCAGGAUGAUGUCACCCAAUCAGUGAUCAAGAAAGAACUCAACAAAGUUCCAAAGAUCCCUCUGUCUUCUGGGAUUAAUAAUGACCCCUCCUCAGAGUCUCAUGAUGGCCCUACAAGCCAGCUCAACCCCAAACGGGUGCAGCCCUAUCUGGACUACAUGAUUGUUGACUCACCUCAGUCAUCCAUGCAUAUGCAAAGUCUGGAUCCUUAUACUUAUCAACGAUAUGGCUACCAAGAUGAAGAGGAGCGCUCUCUGAACAUGGUGGAGGGGGGCAGGUACCCACCACCCUCCUCUCGCAUUAGGGGCAAUUCACCAUUUCCUCCACUGGAUAAAGAUGAUCAGCUUCUGCAGGAUCUGAUGACUCUCCUCCUUUCCUCGCCCACACAGCCCACUUCACACCAUCGGGUGGCAGCACCUCACUCAGCCUCCUCCUUUUUCCAGAACUUCCCACUUGACUUAAAAGAGUAUAACAAUGACUUCUUAUCCCAGAAUGAAGAGCUAAACAGCCAGCAAGAGCAAAAGAAAGGGUCCCAGAAUUACGGAGUAUUUGCCGGGCACCGUGGGCCCCCUCAGCAGAGCAUAAAUGAGCUGCUUCUGCAGCAUGGGUUUGAUCUGAACCAUCUGACCCCUGAGAAGAUGGAGCGUCUCUUCUUUGUCCUCCAGCUCCUGCAAAAUGAACCCCAGAACACUCCGAGAAAAUCUGAAACAAUGGAUUCCUCUGUGCCUCAAAAAAUGAUGAAGAUUACAGAAGGGGAGAUGACCCGUGUGGUGGAGAAGGCUUCUGCCCCAGACAAAAAUUCCUCCUUCCCUUCUCCACUCAACUCUGGGGCCAAAGCCUCCCCAAAGAGCUCCAGCUCCCCAGGAGCCUCCCAGGAUAACUCUGUCAUUGUGGGUGCCAGUGUACUGGGGCCUGCAACUCUCAAACAAGAAGUGGGAAGGCUUGAAAAGGGAGCCCUGAGUAGGCAAGCAGGAAAGAAUGAAACCAAGUCAAAGGAGGAGUUUGGAUACAUUGUCACCAAUCAGAGUCCUCUUAGUUUGUCCGAUGGUGUUCGUCUACUGAAGACCCUUGCUGAGAGGAUCCAUCUCACCACAGGCUCUUUCAUCAAUAUCAGUGUGAUUGGUCCAGCAGUCACUUUCCGUGUCCUCCCGAACAGCCAGAAUUUAUCAGCGAAUGAGGUGUCCGAAAAGACCGUGGCUCAAAAGAACUUUCUAGAAUCAGAGACUGGUCUAAAGGUGCUUCAGGCAGGUGUUGGGGAGAAUGACGGCCAAGCGUUGCCAGUGGCAACACGUAUACAUGACAGUGGCCAAUGGGUGUUCCUCAUGUUUGUGGGUGUGGCUUGUGUGGGUGGACUCCUGGUGGGGGCGUUGACCAUCGCUUGUCUGCGCACCCAUGCCCGCCAGUUGGCCUCAGGGAAACUGAGGCUGGGACCUGAAGCUGGAAACGUGACGCAUUAUGAGUACCAGGAUCUUUGUCGGCAGCACAUGGCUGCUAAGUCCUCUCUGGGCAGGCAGGACUGUGGGGUUGGAGCUGCAGGUGGUGUAGGUCCUGGAGGAGGAGGAGGCAGAGGAACUGAUACAUCACGAAUCAGCAGUGUGUCUUCUCAGUUCAGUGAUGCUCCCCAACCAAGCCCUAGUUCGCACAGCAGUACCCCCUCCUGGUGUGAGGAGCCAGCACAGUCUAACAUGGAUAUAUCAACGGGGCACAUGAUACUGGCAUAUAUGGAGGAUCAUCUGAAGAAUAAAGACCGUUUGCUGAAAGAGUGGGAGGCUCUGUGCUCCUACCAGGCAGAACCCAGCACCAUCUUAGCAGCCCAAAGUGAAAGUAACGUCAAGAAGAACCGCUGCUCUGAUGCUGUGCCCUAUGAUCAUUCACGAGUGAAGCUGAAGGCUGAGAUUAACCCCUCCAGGACAGACUACAUCAAUGCCAGUACCAUUAUCGAGCAUGACCCCCGGAUGCCAGCGUAUAUCGCCACCCAAGGACCUCUCUCACAUACCAUUUCUGAUUUCUGGCAGAUGGUUUGGGAGAGUGGCUGUACGGUCAUAGUGAUGAUGACGGCUCUGGUUGAAGAUGGAGAAAAGCAGUGUGAUCGCUACUGGCCUGAUGAGGGCUCUUCUCUCUACCACAUCUAUGAGGUGAACCUAGUGUCUGAGCAUAUCUGGUGUAAUGACUUCCUGGUGCGUAGUUUCUACCUGAAGAACGUCCAAACCCAGGAAACUCGUACCCUCACUCAGUUCCACUUCCUGAGCUGGCCCGCACAGGGAAUACCCACCUCCACACGCCCUCUGCUGGACUUCCGCAGGAAAGUCAACAAGUGCUACCGUGGACGCUCCUGCCCCAUCAUUGUGCACUGCAGUGAUGGUACAGGACGGACUGGUACAUAUAUCCUGAUUGACAUGGUUCUGAACCGCAUGGCCAAAGGAGUUAAGGAGAUCGAUAUCGCUGCAACCCUGGAACACAUCCGAGACCAGAGGCCAGGAAUGGUGCGCACCAAGGAACAGUUUGAGUUUGCACUGACUGCUGUGGCUGAAGAGGUUAAUGCUAUUCUCAAAGCUCUGCCCCAGUGAGACGAAUGACCAUUACUGCCUGACCGAUCAGGAACACGCAUACAUACACACUCGCUCAUAGAUUACUUAGCAUCAACAUGCAUGUGUGCAUACAUGCCUUGUGUGACCACUGAACUUAGUAUUGUUGCCUUCCUGCACUUCUCUAGAACACACACACUCAAAUCCACAUAUCCAACCAGUGCUGCCUAACCAUGCCUUCCUACAGUAUUUGACACUCUAACAUCGAAUCUCCUUUAAAUUUAAAUGUACAUUCACACAACCUAUAUUCAGACUCUUCAGGAUAUGAUUCUUCCUUGCCUUCUUUCUUGGUUAAAAAACCCCCCAUGAAAUUAGCAUAAGGAAAGUCUGUUUAUCUGUGCUUGCUCUCUCUCUCGGACGCUGUCCUCAGUUUCCCUCAUAUCACCAUGGUGAUGAUUUCUGAGUUCUGUUAUGUACGCAUAAUCAGUGUAAUUUGUGUUUUCUUCAAAACAUGCUUGUCAGCUCUGGUGGAGGUGGAAGAGAGGGAAAGCAGAGUCAUAAAGAUGAGCAGUCAGGUCUCACAUUCAACAUAAUGUAGGCCAUGGUCAUGUGUAGGCUUGAAUGGAAUGUGCGCACGCAUAAUUCUACUGAAACCUUCACAGAUUUCCACAGAAUUAUCAUGGCCCUCAUUCAAAGUUGUACACAUCCCCUGCCACUUGCAUCUUGAUUUAUUAAAUAUUUUGACUAAUUUAAUAAUGCUUUCCUCUACCAAUAAGAGUGCAGUACUCCCAACAUUGUUUCACACUUUUCUCAAUGUUUAAACCCAUUAAACACAACAUUUUCCAUGUUGAUGGAAUACGUUGAAUUUCAAAUUGUUUUUUUGGGAGAAAUACAAUGACUUUGAAUUCCCUCUCUUUCUCGUCCUUUCUUCCCUGGUCAAAAUAUAUUUCUCUACUUUGAUUAUUGUGGUCAAUUUAAUUGUUCUAUUCUUCUGGCAAAUAAAACUAUAAAUAUAUAUAAUGUAUUAUUGAAAAUAUUACUGAAAUCUAAAAAAAAAAAAGAUUUAUUUUGUAUUUUGUGAUGACUAAUAAAACUUGUUUGUGAAGUGAUGCAGCAGCAUCACUGUGUAUA